AUGUCCACACAAACCAAUACGACUAUAAGUAAGGAGGUUGGUGUUGAGACACCCUUUCUGACCACUCCCAAGGACAAGACAGUCCAGUUGUCCCUGUCCAAGCAUCAUGGUAGCAGCUACGGACGUGUUAAUGACCCUGCUCCUGAGUCAAUCGAAAUGGCAAAUAAGCUGCUGCAAAAGAACCACGACGACUAUCACAUAUUCCGGAGAGACCUCAAUGGACACAACCACAUGGCCCAUUCCAUCCUGACUCACUUAGCAAUCGGGGCGAACCCUGCUGAGUUGCAGCGUGCCAACGACGACGGUGUCGGUGUCCAGCGCGCUCGCCCCGACGUUAACUCGGACGUGGUCAGAGGUCUAUCUGACGAUAGAAAGCUAAUGAAAAUUAUGGGUGACUUCACGCAGUACAGUAAUGCGGUUGAGUUUUUUGAGCAGCAAAUUGGCCUGUACGGAUGGAGAGCCGUUCUUCAUAAGUACUGCUUCACUCGUACCUCUGUUGCCGACACGAUUCUCCCUCGGAUGUACGAAGGAGCCUAUCACCCAUUUAUUCAUCUGGGCCUUGCAGUCGAGUUUGAGCUGCCUAGCAUCACGGCUGAAGCCCUCGCUCAGGCCGUGUGUCAUCCAUUCUCCGGUAUUCCAGGCUGUCUUUUGCAGACUGAUACAGAAGCUGGAGAUCUUGAUCCCAACGCUCCACACAAGCCUCUCCUGGACCUGUACAAGGAAGCCAGCGUAAAUGAAGCUAUUCUGAACGGCCCUCGCUGGCAAGAUGGUCCUUUUAAAAUGAGAGACGGCACUCUCGGACGAUCAAAGGCGGAAAUUAUCCGUCUAGCUGCCCAGUACCGCGUCAAGCCAUACGAGCUACAAUUAAGAGCCGCCGAAGUAAUCAACUGCAGCGCUUAUAUCGCGGGCGCGGCACAGCGAGCCGGGAAGACGCCAAAAAUUGACUUUUUCCACAUGAACAACGUGACCAGUUCAGUCUUCCUGACUGUCCUGGUUAACGAACCCUCAAUCAGCUUAGAAAACAAGGUGAGGCUAGUAGAGUGGAAAGGCCGAACAGAUCUCUUCUGGUAUGCUGCCUGCGGCUGCCCACAAUAUAACAUUGCCGAAAUCUUCAACUACACACCCGGUACAAGCGCUGGCAAGGGAUGGACCGAACUAUACCAUGAUAUUUGCCAGAUGAAGGACGACGGACACGUUGCUAAGUUUGCGCGCGCGGCCAAGAGCGCAGGCGAAGUGUGUCAGAUAUUCGAGCAGCAGGAUCCGGCUGUGUUCCCUAUGACGGGACAAGCAUGGAUUCAGCUCGCUCGCAUGGCCUACGACUCUACUCUCGGCGUUCCUGACCCUGACAAGUGGGUUUUUGGAGCUGGAUUCCCCGAGGCUUGGGAAAAUGUACCUGCCAGAUCACAAUCGGCGGCUAUCAAGCCCAAGAUGUUUCCUUGCUUCACCAAGGAAUAUCGCAAGUCACAAUACGACGCUAUUGAUCCUUGUCUACCAGCUCUGUCUGCAGCUGGGAAGAACAUUGUCAUCACUGGUGGCGGCUCUGGUAUCGGCGCAGCAACCGCCCUGGGAUUUGCCCAGGCCGGAGCCGCCAGUAUUAGCAUCAUUGGUCGUAGAGGCAACAUGCUCGAAUCGACCAGGAGCAAUAUCGAAUCACUGGUUCCUGGUGCUAAUGUCCACACCUACGUCUCUGACGUCACAGACAAGGACCAAAUGGGCGCCGCAUUCAAGGCGAUUCACGACCGUGUCGGCAAGAUGCACGUCUUGAUCAACAAUGCUGGUUACAAGCCUACCGCUCCGCCAACAUCGAGCGCCAUCAAGGACCUCGACGUGCAAGAGUGGUGGCGCUGCUUCCAAGUCAACAUCAAGGGCUCGUUUCUUGCGUCACAAGCCUUCCUAAGGUACAAGUCGGACAAGGCUGUGGUGCUCUACGUGACGACGGCGCUGUCCCAUUUCACGGGCUUUCCCAACAAUUCUGCCUAUAGCUCGAGCAAAGCUGGCGCUGUGAGGGUCUUCAGCACGCUCCAAGCCGAGCAUCCCGAGCUUAGAGUGAUUUGUCUACACCCAGGAGUUGUAAACGUCGGAGGCAAAGUCAGUGGUGCAAAGCAAGCCGGCUUAGCAGAUGAUGUCUCCCUCUCUGUCGGUACCAUGGUCUGGCUUGCCAGCCCAGAAGCCGAUUUUCUCAAGGGCAAGUAUAUCUGGGCCAAUUGGGACGUUAUAGAGCUAAAGGAGAGGGCAAAGGAGAUUGCCGAAAGCGAUCUAUUCACUAUGAAACUAGGGGGUUGGCCUUUUGACAGCAAGGCUACGUAA